AUGUCGUCCUUCCGCGCUUUCAUGCGACUUGGGCGACUCAAGUUCAUCCCGUACUCGUCAAUGCUCGCGCUCAUGGGCGCACUCUCACGCGACAUCAGCCACCACCACCCUCGCCACCACCACGACUCAUGGUUCAGUUUCCCGGCGAGCUUCGUUCCCGUGGCGCUCUUCGUGGCGUGCACGCACGUCAUGACGCAUUACUACAACGAAUACUUCGACUACGAGGCCGAUCUCGCCAACAAGCAACGCGGAAAGUGGAACGGCGGCUCGGGCGUGCUUCCCGAGGGCCUUCUGCCGCGCUGGCUGGCGCUCGCCGCGGCGAACGUGCUGCUCGUGGGGAGCGUCGUCACGCAGCUCGCAUUCUUCCGAACCCCCGCGCAAUGCGUCGCGUGCGCGACGCUGUUCCUGUCGUGGGCGUACACCGCGCCGCCGUUUAAACUCCACUAUCGCGGUUUGGGCGAAGCGACCGUUGCAGCCGUGCUGACGUGCAGCGUCCCGGUGAUGGGCGCGCUGCAGCGCCGCGACGACAACGCGUUCGUGCUUCCGACGUCGCUGCGCGCGAUCAUCCCGCUGCUGUGCGCGCAGCAGAUGGUGCGGAUGAUGAUCAUGAAUCUCCCCGACAUCGAUUCCGACCUCCAGUGCGGCAAGAUCACGUUGACCGCGCAAUUGGGGCCGGAGCGGGUGGCGCGUUUGUAUAGAUUCACGCAAAACGCGGUUGGUGUCAUGGCAGUGGUCUUGUUCGCGUGCGGGCACAUGACGUGGCCCGUGCUCGUCGCGUUUCUCGUCGCGUCGACCAAGGGGAUCAGCUUGGCGCGUCGCCUGGACACCAUCGUGUUUGCUGGCGUUGGGAUGAAGGCAAGGGACAUGGAUAAAAAAACAGAUGGGGAUCUUUCUGCUGCGGGGAAACUCUUGCACUAUGGAGAUCUUCCGUACCAGGCGACCAUCCACGUGGCGUCAACGGCGCUGAUGCUGGUCGUGGCGCAAGCCGUGGUGCUGUUAAUGCAACGUGAAAUUGCCGGGGAGACGAAAUCGCGUGUUUCUCGCCCGUGGCCCGCGUCUUUUGUUCAAGCGCUGUACAACCCCCGCGCCCACGCUGCACGCACUAUGGCGGCCGAUAAUAACGAGGAUAAUUUGGCGACGCGUGACUCUGCCGAGGGACCAGACGAGUGGACGGAGAGCAACAGGGCGGACACGGGGUUUGUGACACAAACGGGGGAAGAGGAGGAGGCGGAGGCGGAAGCGGAGGGGGAGCAGCAGGAAUACGGGGAAGGGGGGGCGGAGGCGGAAGGCGAGGAGUACGCGGGGGAAGGGGAAGGCGGAGAGGAAGGGGAAGGCGGAGAGGAAGAAGCGGAGGAGGAUACUGGGGAAGAGAACGGUUACGGAGAGCAAGGGGGAGCAGCGGAAGGCGGGGAAGCUGAAUGGGAAGAGGAAGGGGGGGAGGGGGAUGAGGGGGAUGUGGAAGUGUGGGUGGCUGGGCAAGAUGAAGCGGAGGGGGAUGGCGGAGAGGUGGAGGGGGCGGGGGAGUGGGGGGACGCUCAGGGGGGCGGCGAGGGGGAAUGGGAGGAUGCGCGGGAGGGGGGAGAGGGGGACGAGGGGGAUGUGGAGGUCUGGGUGGCUGGGCAGGAUGAUGCGGAGGGGGAUGGGGGGGAAGAGGGGCGUGGGGGAGGUGAGGGAGAAGGAGAGUUAGGAGGGCCUGAAGGGGAAGGAGAGUGGGGUGAGGAAGCGGGAGAAGGGGAGGAAGCGGGGGAGGAGGUGGUGGAGGAAGGCGGUGAGGGGGAGGAAGCGGGGGAGGGGGAGGGGGAGUACCCUGGGUGGGCGAGUGAGGCGCUGCUGUCGUUUCUGGAGGAGCAGGGUGAGAGUGUGGAGGUGCCAAUGUACUGGUCUGCUGUGAAGAAGAUAGUAGCAGGGUACAUCCAAGCCAACGGACUGCAGAAGGGCAGAUGGAUUACGUGUGAUGAUGCGUUACAAGCGCUCUGCGAUACCGAUACAACCACGCAGGCCCAGUUCUAUUACACUCUUGCCACGCACUACCCCUUUAAGAGCUCUAUUAAGCCGAGUCCGCGAAAGAGGAAGCGCGGCCGCCCCCCCAAGGCCUCUCGUGACAACCCAUCCGCCACCACCGCUACAGCCGCUGCUACUGCAGCUGCCGAUACCGCUGCCGAAACCAACACCACCCGCUACUCCGAUCCAUUCGCCUCUGACCCAUUCUCCCCGGAUUCUGAUGCUCCUGAAGUCACAGAUCCCUUCGCUCCCUCCCCUUUCGCUCCCUCCCCCUUCGCUCCCUCCCCCUCCGCCCGCUCCUCCUCCUCCGCGUUCCCCCCUGCUGCGCCCGCUCCCCCCCCGGGCCCUGAGUGUGGAUACGCGGCCGUGACGCUGGCGAAUCUGGGGGGCGUGUUUCUGAAGCGACGGCAGCUGGAGGGGCUGCUGGCGGAUGAGGCGUUUGACCGCAAGGUGGUGGGCACGUUCGUCCGGAUCCGUGUGCCGGGACCUGCUAACCAGACAGAGGCAUGUUACCGCCUCGUGAGGGUGACAGGUUGCACGAGCCAGACCGAGAUGUACCCAGUGGGCAAGGGCCUCACCAACAGAGUGUUGCUCAUCAUGAAUCUCAAGACGCCAGAGGCCACGACCAUUGACCUUGUUUCCAAUUCGGACUUCACUGAGGAGGAGUGUCAGAAGCUGCGGCAGUACAUGAAGUGGGGACUCGUGGACCGACUUACUGUGGACGAGGUGGCAGCCAAGGAGAACGAGCUGCACGAGCUCAAAGUGAACGAC